CUUUGGAGCUCCUUCAAUUCAUUUAUAGCUCAACAAGAGUUGUUUCCCCAGUAGGUUUGGGUUUGGGGACAGGAUCAGUGCAUGGCAAAUCACCAGGAGUGUGGCAUCGGUGGAGAGUGGUGACAGCCCAGUGACCAGACAACGAGAGCUGUGCAAGAUGAAGGUGUUUCUGUCUCUUCUGUUGGCUGCUGUCACUUGCAUGGAUUUGGGACACUCCUUGCAGUGCUACACGUGCAGGGAUUUGACCUCAGUUGACAAGUGCCAGACGAUUGAGAACUGCACAAAGGAGGAGACCAUGUGCAAGACUACAAUGUACUCCCUGGAGGAUGUUUACCCCCCCACGGGGGUCUCCACUGUCACCAAGAUGUGUGCCUCCAGCUGCGAGCCCUCCAGCGUGGAUAACAUCGGGAUGACGCGUCCUGUCACCUGCUGCUACUCUGACCUGUGCAACUUCGACGGAGCAGCAAGCUUGAGCACCAACAUGGUGCCAGCUGGGAUCCUGGCAAGUUCCCUCUGUGCCUUUUUCUGGUCUAGACUUUGAUGGGAUGA